AUUUAUUUUAUCUAUUUAAAAAUAUAAAAUUAUGAUGUUUUAGAAUUAUUAUUAAACAUAUUAAAAUUAUUCAGUAUUUUAAAAAAUUUUGAUAAGAUAGAUUAUAUUGAUAUACUAUAUGAAAUAAAGAUAAUUAAGCAUAAGAAUAGUGAAAUAGCAUAACUAAGACGAUGAGAAUGUUCUCAAAACUGAAAUUAAAAUGAUAAACUAUUUAUUGAAUUAAUCAUAUUUUAUCUUAAAACAUAUUAUAUAUAUAUAUAUGUGUGUGUGUGUGUGUAUACACAUAUAAGCUGAUCAAACUCAAAAACAGUGAUAAUGACGUCAAUGUGUGAAAUUAGAGUUAAUAGAAUAUUUACCUCGAAGAUAAAUAGUAUUAUAGGUCAAAUUUAAUCGGGUUUAAAAUUUAUUUUACAUAAGCCAACUAUUUUACUGUUUGGAAUUCCAUUUAGGCCAAAUUUAUCUUAAAAUAAUGCACUUAAUUUUAACUAUUUUUACUUUUUUUUUGCUUCGUAUGGCUCGGCUUUUGAUCAAAUUUUGUUAAUACUAUCCGUUUACAAGGUUUUGUCAAGUUUGCAAUUUUUUUUUUGCAAGUAAAACUUAGACUGAUUUUACUUUAUUAAGAACUUUUAAAAAUUAUUUCUGAAAUUCAAACAAUUUUUAUAACAUCUAUCAGUUUGCAAUUUUUUUAGAAAUUUCUAAUGAAAAAUAUAAAAACUUACAAAAAAACAGAGAAAUAAAGGAGAGGAAAACUUACAUGGAGUUUGGGAGAGGCGCUUAUUCCAGAAAAACAAGAUUAACAGAUGAAAUACUUUUAUCAUGAUAAUCAAUCGGCAGAGAAGAAACAAAAAUGAUGAAAAGUUAAGAGAAAAAACGUUAACUGCUAAGGAUAAGAAAAUAAUUAACUGUGGUUGUUAAAAAAAAAAAAUUAACUGUUAUUUAAUUUAGGUAGUUUAUAUACUUCUUCAAUUAUUAUAAUAUACAUAGACAUAUAAGGAAAUCAAAGUUGUUUGAAAAGGUGAUCACAGUCUACGAUCAACUCUUUUAAUUAUUGUGAUUAUCAAAAAACAAACAAAGAAAAAAGAUGGAGGGAAAAUUGAACUCGCGUCUACGUGUUAUGAGGAGAAUUUACAAACAACACUACAUCAAAGAAAUAUGAGUGUACGUCCGACCCUGACACCAAGGCUGAUCCUUUUUUUUUUUUUUGCUAAAUUGUAAAUGUCAUUACUGAAAAUGAAGAUUUAGUUACAGAGUAAAUUGUAUCCACAAUCUGCUUACACAGCCACUUUGCAUCUAAGAGGCCAUAUUCGAGCUAAAAAUAUUUAGUCCCAAUCUUUUAUCUAGACACUACAAAGUGGGGCUAAUGUAUGAGUGUACCAUGUGAAAUAUGUUUUGACAUACUCACAAAUCUAUGUCCUACGUAGAGCGCAAUGAGGACCAUCCACUUAUGUGAUAUACAUGUGAGUCUCCAUUGUUGUAUGAUCCUUAUGCUUUAAGUGUCCCACUCUCAAUAAAACACAUUUCAAAGUCUAAUUCCUGAACGCUAAUCGUAACCGCCAAACACAGUGCAUAUUAGCGGCUGCUACUAUUAAGAUAAGAUUCUGUCCUGUGAUGAGAGAAAAACCCAUGAAACUAUAUCAUCAAAAUCUGUGAAUUCAAGACUUUUGUUCACAUGUUUUCCCAAUUAUUGUCAUUCGCUUUUUUAUCUUUGCUUUCAAGUCCAGAGUACACCUUUGGAUCGAUUCUUGUCUCCAUAACUACAAAAUAUAUCAUUUUCGAUAUUCCGAUCUAUUUUCCUUACAUAUUUAUUUUUAUUUAUUUCCGUUAAGUUCUUAUUGCAUUAUUUACAACUUUUUAGCUAAGCAUUGCCAAGCUGGUGCCGGACCCUUUUUUGAUGCCUUCUUCUACUAUUUUCUUUCUUUCUUGAAACUAUCUCUAUGUAAUGAUAUAUUCUACUCUCUAAGUAAAGAAACCAAAACUUUAAGUAAUGAUGUCAAAACAAAUUAAAUAACUAAUUGUUAGAAUGAUAUGUAAUUGUUUCAGAAGCUUGGUCUUCGUUUUAAUAGAAUCCUUCAACGUCAAUGUCAGAAUGUAUUUUUUAUAAUAUUGUAAAUCAAAUCUAAACAACCUCGUUUUCAUAAGCAACUAUUUGUUUCAAAAUAAACGAAUAAAACAAAGCAUAUAUAGCUUAACGUAUAGAUCAAAAAAAGCUUUAAUAACAGAGAGAAAAGAAGAAAUCGAAAAUUUAAUAAUACUAGAUUGUGAAAAAAACAGGGUUUUUUUGUGGAAUGGCACAUGGGAUAACUCAUUCCCACGUGAAACCUAAUCCGAGAACACGUGCCUUUCCUCAGAGGUCUCUCUGACUCCUUUUUUGAUAAUUAGUUCAGUUCGAGCAGAUAUAAGGAAAAAAAGAGUAGGAAAAUAACUUUAAAAAAAAUCAAAAUACUAAGAGGUCUAAAUUGUGUGAAUUUGGGCGUAACUAAAUUCUUGGUUGCCCAACGUAAACAUCAUUUGUUUUUUAGUAGUAGUAAAUUACAAAAUAAUGGCGUUUGCAUUUGCGAUUAUGAUAUUUAAACUAUGUUUGGUUUAAAAUAGUAUUCAUUCGGACACUUAUUUUGUUCUAUCUAAAACCCAUGUCUUGGGAUAUGAUUCCGUUUGCAGCAACCAAAUUAUAUACAGUAUAAUAAUAGAUAAUGAACUGUACGCCGGUUGGAUCCUUGCUGGAGAGUAGAGGCCUCUCUGUCUCACCUGUCUGUCAAAGAUGUGGAGCUCGAGAAACGGAACUACAUGUUCUCCUCCAAUGCCCUUUCGCCGAGAAAGUUUGGGAUCUUGUACCAUGCCUGCAUAAACCGGUAACUAGUGUCAUUAACUCUGUCUCAGCGCUGCUUCAAUGUUGCCGGAAGAUGAUCUCUCUUCCACCACUGGGACUAGGAGAUAUACCUUUGUACCCUUGGGUCCUAUGGGUCCUAUGGACCAAUAGGAAUAAACUCUUGUUUGAGAACAAACAGUUCUCGGAAGAGAACUCGGUAUUGAAAGCAAUCCAAGACGCCCGAGCUUGGAAGGCAGCCCAAACCUCUUGGAACCCUUCAACUGGAAACUGUGGCCUUGGUUGGUAUCUCCAGGAUGCUGAGAAGGUUCACACCGAUUGUUUUUCAUCACACCGUCGCUUUGUUUCCUCGGCUCUAGUGGCUGAGGCUUUGGCGGUUAAGGCUGCAUUUAUGGCAGCUACCUCCUCCCAUGUCAGUAGUUUAAAUGUCUUCUCUGACUCUAAGGUGCUCAUCUCGUUGCUGAAGUCUCAAACACAGGAUGUUGCCUUGAAAGGUGUUCUUCAUGAUAUCUUUAUCAUGGCGCAAACUUUUCAAUCUAUCUCUUUUCAUUUCAUUCCGCGUUUAACAAAUGUUGUAGCUGACUCUCUUGCGAAGUCAGCUUUGUACUCUCUUCACUCUUCUGUAACUGCAACAAUUUAGCCUCCGUGCUACUCUUAAUCUAAGUUAUGCUUUUGAUAAAAAAAAAAGACUAUAUGAGUCGUUUGGAACCAUGCAAUGAAUGAUGGUAGCACCAUACAUGAUAUAUAUAAUAUAUGUGUAUUUUGUUUAUAAGUAUGUAUGAGAUCAUUGGAUAUUUAAUUUAUGAAAUGUUUUUUUGUAAAUAAUUUAUGAAAUGUUUCGUUAGAAUUUCGUACAAAUAUCUCCAAAGAUAUUUUAGUCUAUGGCAAUCUUUUUUAAGAAACAUAUGUACAUUUCUUAUAUGAAUUAUGCGAGGAUCAAACAUAUGCAUAUAUAUAGUGAAAGAUGAAAUAGUAUUAUGAAAAUUUGAGAGUAUAUAUUCAAAAUAUAUUUUUAUGAUUUUGGGUUUUAGCAGCUGUUUUUUUUUGGUAUUUGGUCUUAAAUAUAUUUAUAUGAAUUAUGAACGUGUUUGACCAAAAAAAAAGCUUACAACAAAGCUCACAUUAGAGAUGGCUAUUACCACAAGAGUAGAAGAAGCUACUGAACCCUGCUCAAAUUAGAGACAACUCAGACAAGUACCCCUCAAAGAUUAGAGAUAAGCACAUUUACUUGUUUGGCUAGACUUUCACAAGGAUGCACAUGAAAGAAAUUGAAAUCAAAUUGAUUUAUCUUCUUUCUGAUUUGAUUUCUCACUUGUUUUAUUGGCAAGGUCUGUUGUUUACGAAUCAGUAAGAUCGAAUAGCCGUAAUGAUAAUAAGUAAAUUUUAACAAACUGUAAGUUUUUUUUAGUUUUGUGAUAAUAUAUGCGCAUAUCUUAUCACUAUGUGGAGGUUUUAAUCAUUUUAAUGCUUUAUGUAUAUGCGGCUAUGCGUCAUUAAUAGUGUGUGCCUCCUCGGAUACGAACAUGUUUAGAGAAUGGGGACCGUUAAUUACGUUUAAUCAAACCUCAUUUUAUAUAUCUUGAAUUUAAACCUUUUACAACUCUAUACAAUGAUAAAAUAAAAUUAGAGUACUAGUCUAUUAAAAUAUAUUCCUGAUGUCAUUAUAAUAACAGAUAGAUUCCAGUGCUUUAAAUUUUACUCGAACCAUUCUGGCAAAAUCUGUGACCACUAACUUUAAACCUAACGUCUCGAUCCAUGACAGGGCCUGACAUAUAUACGUAUGAAUACCCUAAUUAAUUAUAUGUUCAUCCUUUUGUGUCUCAAAGUGAUUAUAUAUACUUAACUCACAAUUUAUAUAUAUAUAUAUAUAUAUAUAUAUAUAUAUAUAUAUAUAUAUAUAAUGUAUUAAUUUGUAUACAGGUGAAAAUAAAUACGGGAGGAAGUCGUUCCUGUAAAAUAAUCAAGUAAUCAUUUUAUUUUCUUGUUGUUAGAUUAUAUUAUUGAUAUGUUUUUUUAUGAUGACCCGAGGUCAUCCAGACCGUAAAGACCCGAUUAAUCUCGGAUGACAGAGACAAGAGGCGGUUGUAUUAGUGAUAUUCUUAUCGGGAAAAUAGAGUUCCCAAGCGCUCCCUUAAUCGUAUGAAUGGAAUAAUAUGCAUUUGUCUAUAAUCGUUUAAUAUACUUAUUUGAUUUUUUUGUCAAGUUUUUCUAUUAGAAACAAACUUAUUUGAUAUAAUUCAAAGGAAAAGGAGCCACAACAUGUGUUUUUCCACUUCUGCAUUUAUUUCUUUAUGAUGAGCCUGUCUUUUUGUUUUUGCCAUCUUCUUGUUCAAUGUUCCUCAAGCCCUUCAAGUAUAUGUGUAUAAUAACUUGGUUUUUUCAACAUUCUUAUACAACCAUUUUGUAAUGAUAAUUUCUUUUUAUGACACUUGUGAAAGAUUGACCAAUAUUUAAGUAAGGAAAAAACUAUUGUAACCCAUUGUAUUGUAAGUUUGUAACUAGUAUUAUAAAAGUAGGAUCUCAAUUUCAGGAAUUUUAAAGAAAAAUACACCAUUUUAUAAUAUUUUAUAAUUAUAAAGUAGAAUGUGUUUUUGUUUUAGUUUAUAUAUGCUCGUAAUAAAGUUAUCAAAUUCCGGGUUGUAGUUUAAUAAUAAAUUUAUAUAUGCACAUAACUUAUUUAGUUCCCUUUAUUUUCUUAGAAUAUAUUAAAAACACUGGCGACAUAUAACGAUUUAUAUAUGUGUGUGUGUAUGGACCCAAUCUUAUUUUCUUGCAGAACAUAAUUCGCACCACUUAAAUUAAGUCAGACUCUAAUGGAAUCUUCCGCAAUUAUUGCGAUGGCCACAGCUCCAAUCAGACUAAAUUCUACUGCUCCCGCUUUCACCUAAUUUCUCAAUAUUUUUUUUUGAACUUCUUCGUUAAUUAUAAGAUUUUAACGACCAGUAUGUUUGAAUCCAGACACAAUCAUAUGUCAUAUAUUCGUUCUUCAAAAAUACAGUAAACAAAAAUGUCAUAAGACGAUUACAGGUUAUAUUGAAUCUCUAAAGAUUAAUAUAGAGUUCAAGAUGGUAUAUAUACGUGGAAGCACAAGUCUUGUAUAAUUAACACAGAUGGUUGCUGGUAAUGUGUGCUUUAUUCGGAUUCAAAUAACAAAAAACCAGCGGUUUAAAAAUCACGAUGAUGAAUGAUGAUUUAGGUAAAUAUACAAAUUAAGAGAGUUUGUUCUGCCAAAUAGGUAAUAAUGAUGUGUGGCUAUGCACAACGCUGAUCUGUACAAGUACCACUCCUCCAGUUCAUUGGUUAACCUAUAACAUGAAAAUGACACGUACCGCCAUAUUAAGUUAUUAACUGGACAAUUCUGAUAUGGCAAUGUAUUUAAUUAUUUGAUUUGACUUUUAUGAAUAAUUGUCAAAAAAAAAAAUUGACUAAUUAAACAGAGCCAUAUAAAAGUUAAAACACAAGAACAGCCAUUUUUGAGUGAGGUCCGUAUCAUAUUUGCACGCAGAGUACGUAAUUCUUUUUUAAGCUUAGAAUAAAUCGACAUACUUUUUACUAGUAUCAAGUUUAAUUAUCUCGACAUAAAUAAAAAGGUAUAAAAGUAAAUAUAAAGUUUGUGAAUAGUUGAUUAAAAAUAGGAAAGCACGAUUCUUGUCUUGCUCCUUACAGCUUGCAAAAUAAUUAAGAACCUUUUUCGUUAACACAAAUCAUAAUGUUAGUUUCUAAGUUUACCACUUACCUCUCUAGUAAUCGAUUUUAAUUACCGUUUUCACAUGCUUUCAUGUGCCCAUUAAGUUAUUUAACGAGCUAGUUCAGUUUUUUUUACGGUUUAAAUUUUAGAUCGUACUCUUCUUGAACUAACCACAAUUCCAAAACCUAACAAGCGCAUGAGGGUUAACAACUUAGAUUCGGUUUUAGAAUUUUAUUUUGCAGAUAAACAAAAACCAUUUUCACAAAAUCAAAAUUUAGCUUGGCUUUUGAUUACUUUUUAUAUAAUUAAUUAGUACGUAAAUCAUACCGUUUAAACUAUUUAUCUUGUUUGAGCACCCGUAACAUGUGUACAAACGUCUAUCGUCCAAGUAGGGCAUGUUGGUUUACAGAAACUAUAAUCUUAGUCCGGGUAUUAAUUUAACUCAAGUAAACGCUUGAGACACCUACCCAAUCGAUAGAUCAUGAAUUAGAAUGAGGGUCAGAGGGUGUCCAUUGUUUAUUAAUGUUUAUGAAAUCCAAUGUGUUAUAUAUUCAUAUAUCAGUAUAUCAUUGAACUAUAUAACAUGCAAACUAUCAUGUAUCCACUAUCUAAGCAUUAUAACGUGCCACUAUAUGUACGCAAAUAUUCACAUGGUCAAGACUUAAACGUCCCAUUAUCAACAUUACAUGCUCAUUUUUUAUUUUUCUAAAUAACAAAACAGAGCGAGUUGAAUAAAUGAUAAUGACAAUAAUCGUUAUGAGUUCUAAAAGAAAUGCAAUAGUUUCGUUCGUCCAAUGUUACAGCAGUAUAUAUAUCGUUUUAAGCGGCGUUAAAAUUUUUUGCACAAAAAUUUAAAAAGUACAAAUUUUUAUGUAAUUUAUAUUAGUUAGACAAAAUUAGCAUUAAAUAAAAUUAGUUCAACCAAUAAAAAAUAAAGUCUUUUGUAAUUGGUCACAAAUUUUAAAUGACAUUAGAUUUUAUCUAAAAUAAUGAAAACGUAAUUUAUUAUGAAACAAAAUAAAAUUUUUUAAACACCACUUACAUUGAUACGUAAAGAUAAAGAGUUAAAGAGAAAAUCAACAAUCAUAGAAUGUUAGCGACUAUUUAUAUCGAACAAGAAUUAUGAAAAUAAAUCAUACUAUAAAUUAUAUAUUUUAUUUUGGGACAAAAUAACAUAUAA